CGGCCUUCCCUUCCCUCCCAUCCCCUCGUUCUUAGGAUCUCAUUCUCUCUGUCUGUCUCUUGCUUUCUCUCUCUACAUUUGUGGCCUGUAAUUGUGUUGUGUGCUGAUGGGCGAUUACUACUCCAUCCUCCUCCUUCCCAAGGACGCCUCUGACGAAGAAAUACGCAGAGCUUACAAGUCUCUGGUCAUGCGAUGGCACCCCGAUAAGAAUCCCCAAAACCGAUUGGAAGCAGAGGCCAAAUUUAAGGCCAUUUCUCAAGCAUAUGAGGUUUUGGGUGACAAAGAGAAGAGGAGCAUGUACUACUCUGGUGGAGGAGAUGGUGGAGAAGGUAUUUCAUCCCCCAAUGAUGAGCCUAUUGUGGAUGAUGAUGACUAUCGGCACCAUCGCCACCGCUCGUACCCUAAGAGUAUGAGUUCGAACAUGAAUGGGAAGCAUCGGAGUGCUGAAAGUGAGUAUGGUACAGCUGAUCGAGUGCCAUCAGCUUCAUUGUCAUCAUCAUCCUGGAGAAAUGGCCAGGUGAGGUGGGCAAUGCACGCGACGACUUUGCCCUCAGCAUUGAGGAGGAAACCGUCUCCUGUGGAGAGGAAGCUGGAGUGCACUUUGGAGGAGCUCUUCUGUGGAUGUGUGAAGAAGAUUCCCAUCUCUAGGGAUGUCGUCCGGGCUAAUGGGAGGAUAGAGAAAGAAGAGGAGAUAUUGAAAAUAAAAGUGAAGCCAGGAUGGAAGAAGGGCACCGAGAUCACCUUUGAGGGCAUGGGUGAUGAGCGCCCCAGUGCACUACCAACUGAUGUGGUGUUCUUGAUUGCAGAGAAGCCGCACCCCUUCUUCAAGAGAGAAGGCAAUGAUCUGGUCUUGGCUAGGGACAUCCCCUUAGUGAAGGCCUUGACUGGGUGCACCCUAUCUGUGCCCCUCUUGGGUGGAGAGAAGAUAAGUUUGUAUUGCAAUGAGAUAAUAUUUCCAGGAUAUGAGAAGGUGAUCAAGGGCCAAGGCAUGCCCAUCCUCAAAGAAAAUGGAAAGAGAGGGGACUUGAGAAUUAAGUUCCAUGUAGAAUUUCCUUCCUCUUUGAGUCCUGAUCAGAGAGUGGCAAUUCAACAGCUCCUCAUUGGCGAAUCAUGAUCUUUUCCCCUCUCUCUUAAGUCAUUGUUGAUAUAUUAAUGAAUUAGUCACAAUGGCCCUUCUUUGUACAUCUUGUAUAAUAUGUGAUGCUUUUGUCAUUAUGGUUUCUCUUUAUUUUUGAUUUUUGAGGGUAUGUUUUUACGGUUUUGUUCUUGAGAUAUUCAAAAUGGGAGGAAA